CUGCCAUCACUGUCCCGCUCAUUUGCCAGGGCAAUUGUGUAGCAGAAAUCCUGAGCCAUGUAUAACAUACAGAAUCCUCCGAUAAGCCGAGAUCAGACACCCGAAUCCCCGGGCGCAAUUUCGAGCCAGGUCCCAGGUCUUUCCAGUCUCAGCCGCGGUGCAUGCGAAGCAUGCAGGUCCCGCAAGAUACGUUGCGAUAGGAAGUCUCCCUGUGUCCAGUGUCGACGUGCCGACAUUGAAUGCGUCCAUCCAGGUAUCAAGCCAAGAGAGAAACGCUCAAGAGUGUUGAUUACUCCGCAAUACGAAAAGAAGAUCGACCUUAUUGAUAGCCGGCUGGAGGAAGUUGUCGGGCUAUUGCGAAAUCUCUCAACGCAUGUGUCCGCUCCAGGCAACACUCAUGAUGAUGUGCCGGUUCCUCCUCCGGCACAUCCCUCUCCAGUACGCCGGGCACUCCCCUCGAACUCUGAAAAUGCUGCAGUGGUGGAAGGGUCGUCUUCCUUGUCCGCCCACUCCGUUUUCGUCAACCAACUCUUACAGGGUUUUGUUGGAGUUCAGCAGCCCGAUGGCGAUAUCCAAAGAACUUUGACCGAUCUAGCAGAUAUAGCGAGUACUCCCCAGGAUACAUCGUCAGCGACCGAGGUGGCACUACCAAAUGCAGACCCGUCAGAGACUCGAGGCCAGAAGAAGUUCAAACUACCGCCCAUUCAAGAUGCUGCAAAUUUGAUUCGCGCUGCACAAGCUCAGCGACUAGCAGGUUCUGGUUGGGUAUACGGCUAUAUCUUGAUGCAGUCUUUCAGUGAUCUUUGUCUCCAGGUCUAUUUCUCGGAACCUGUAUCUCCCUAUGAUUGUAUCAGCGUUAACGCCGGCUUGUUCUCGUUAUUCUGGGACCAUGCCUUGACGGCUCAGACUCCGCAAAGUGAGAAAGAACAAUGCCUUGCAUACGCUCGUCUAUGCCGAAACAAUCUCGAAACCGGAUUGGCCGAACUACCGCUACAUCUACCAGAAUCGCCAAGUGUGAUUGCCGCCCUCAUUUUUGGAGCGUAUUAUGCCAUCGAGUUCUCGACAGCCUCGUUGUGCUGGUCCUUGGCUUCCAAAGCUUCUGCUUUAUGCCAGACAUUAGGGUAUCACAGGACAGUAACUUCUCAUGACCGGGUAGUAACAAAUUCGAAAUACACGCGAUUCCUUUUCUGGACGACUUACUACUUGGACAAAAGCCUCUCUUUGCGCUUGGGCAGAGCUUCAACUAUCCAAGAUUGGGAUGUUACGGCCAUUCCUCCCUCUGCAUCAAGCACUGACCAGGAACCUGUCUUUGCCUUUUUCGCCCUAUGGGUCAAGACUGCGAGAUGCCAAGGUGACAUAUACGAGAUGCUCUAUUCCCCUGCGGCAGCAACUCAGCCCGAGCAAGUCAGAAGAUCAAGAGUUGGUUCCCUAGCAUCCAGUUUGUACGACAUCGCGCAAGAGACAGAAAGGACAAAAAAUCAAUGGCUCAAGACUGUGGAGGAAAAUACCGAAGAACAUCUUAUGGACUUCUACGCCGUCUCUGACGAGGUUCUCCGACUAUCACUACUGACUCACGUCUAUCGAGCCGCUCCGAGAGACACACAGUCUUCUACAACAUUCAACCCUACAUGUAUCCAAGUCGCCAGAGCCACUUUGGACAGACACCACGACUGCAUAGCAAUCAUACAGAAAGCAAACGACAUUUGGUUUUCGAUCUAUGUCAAAUGGACCCUUCUCUUCGCGCCUUUCGUGCCUUUCAUCGUCGUUUUCUGUCAUGUCAUGGAGACGCGAGAUCACGCUGAUCUGGCCCGCCUCGAGGCGUUUGUAAACUCCAUCCAUGCAGCAACUACAGUUUCCGAGCCCGCCGCGAAAAUGCAUCGCUUGUUCCAGGUACUCCAUAACAUCGCCACACGCUACCUAGAGCUCGGUGGCAUGGGAGAUAAUCAUGGCAAGCAGUCUUCCGUGCCAAGCAUGGAUACACAAUUAGCCGCUUUGGGAUUCCCUCACGCCGAGCACUGGGAGAUGAACAACGCACCGACGGACUUUGAUUUCGGCAUCGAUGGACUGCAACAACACAAUCAGCAGCCUCAACCGUUGAACAGCAUAUUGUGGGCGGGUAACGAAUUGCAAUUGGAGGAAUGGCUGUACAAUAGCCAAGCAUCGAUGGAAACGCUCCAGAGCGGUGAUUCUUCACGACCUGACAUGAUGCAAUAGGUGAUGGAAAGAAGGAGCGGGAAUGACAAUGGAAGACCUUGCGUUGUGAGAGUCAAGACAGCCUCACAGACAAUCGUGAAGAUUGCACCCUUCCAACCUUGCCAUAUGGUAAGAAUCCUCAGUCUCCAGAAUAUGCCGAGCGAUUGAUCGGCUCACCCUACUGUUGCUGUCCUGACCAUCGCUUAAUUCUUACCCUUUGAUCAACUCCC